CAAUUCUACCUCCUCCUACUACUAGUCACGGUGCUCUGGCGCCGCAGAACGUGGUAGCGAGUCUCGUCUGAACGCUGCAGGCGGCACGCGGGCGUCUGCCACUAUCGAUCUCCGGCGCAGUGCAGCAGUGCUUCACCCUCACCACAACUUGACUUGUUAGCAUACACCUCGUACCUUACGGUACACCACGUAAUCGAACACCCAUCUACAAAGCUCGCUCGCUCGCUCGCCUCGCUCUCUGCACGCGCUGCAUCCGCUGCACUUCUGUUUCCUUUGCAGCGACUAGACGUGCAGGCACCAUACAACCCCCCAUACCAUUGACGCUCAAGGUACAGCACGAACAUUGUCAGAGACGGGGGACGAGGUGGUGGGCACAGCGGAGGUGGUCAUCUUGGUCAAUAGGCACAUCAGAGCUGGGUCAGUGGCACAAAUCGCAGAGAGCAGCCCCCUCGACGGCCCUGCUAUGCCAGGAGGAGCUGCGGUGACAUACAGGACACUUGCAGCCGCUCAACGAUACACCGCGCGCACGCAGCGCUCCGCCCGGCCACGACCUGCCGCUACCGCACACCGCUUGAGCCCGCCCCAUCCCCUUGCUUGGGCGGCGAGCGGCGACCGGCUGACUGCAGUGUUUCGUGCUGCCUGCUCAAUAGACGGGUUCGCGCAGUGGCUCGGCCGCGGAUUCAUCUGCUCCUGUCUUGCUUGCGCGGCUGUCGACUGCUGUGUGCUCAGAAUCUCGACGAACUAUCUGGGAUUGCACGCCUUGCGCGGGCUAGAGAACCUGUCCGGAAGGGCCUAAUCACGCGAGCAGAGAGCGGCUGAGGCGUUCGGUGGAGUCCUGGUCGCUGCGCUCGCUAUAUGGUCAAGAGUGUGGAAAAUGUCCUACGAGGAAAUUCGGGACUGCGAUCGCAUAGGCAUAGGCACACUAUUCCAUCCUCAGCACAUAUUUCCGGUCAACCAUCGAGCUUAGACAACAGAAGACCAAGCGGCCCGAUGCCGUACCUGACGCAGCAGUAUGCUCUGCCCAUACACCAUAAUCCGCGCUGGCAGAGCGGUGACCAUCGAUUGAGUUAUGGCGAUACUGCGCCGAGGGCAGAGAACACUUUGCGCAGGAAAACCCCGAAUGGGACCUUGCACGCUGGGUAUGAUGGCUCUGGAGAUGAGCCUAUACAGCCUUAUAAGCACCAGCUUCUGCCGUUCAGGGAGGGCAACCCGCCCAGGGUACAUCAUUCUGAGAAGCGUACUUUCGCGCAGCAUCAGCAGCAGCAGCAACAGAAUGCUGGAGUAAGAUCGUGGCAUGCAUCGCCUGUGGGACAAUUUUGCGGCGGUAUGAUUCAGGCCAAAAGUAACCUGGAAAAUGGCUGGCCACAGCCCGGCCAGUUCCAGCAACCACAGAACAGUCCCACAUGUCCCAUGAUGGACUCGAUGCUCCAUCAGAUGCCGAUGCACCACCAUGGUAUGCAACAGUACUACGGCCAGACCGUGCCAAGUGUGAUACAGCCGUCUUUUCAACACUUGGGUCCAACGGCGUCCGGUCUGCAGGACUCUGGUCCAUACGGGCCAUAUUGGCACGAUGGCACUUUUGUUCCAUAUCGGCCAGCUGCCAUUCGAGACCCGCGAUUCUAUCACCAUCAGCAGCAGCAGCAGAGCACCCCCAUCAAUUACUCUGGCUCAUUGCCCUCCUCACAGCAUGCGCCUCGAUCCGAAUUAUGGCAGCAUCAUCCUCAACGAUCGACUCAACCACAUUGGGCUCUGACUCUCAGCCCCAGUCCCUUUGCACUGCCGCCUCCUUUGCCCACGUCCGGUGCUCGACCUCCAGCUUCUGCCAACUAUUAUACAGACAUUGGGAUAUCCCCGCACUAUGACAGGCACUACACAGCGCUGCAGACACCACUGCAAUACCACGCGCCGGGUCCGAUUUCUCGAGGCAGCCACGAAGGCUCUAAUAUCCUAACAAACGAUUGGCAGCGCGAGGAAAUCUUUGGAUGGGCGCUACAACGUUAUCGGGAUUUGCUAAGUCACAUCAACGUGAACCACCAGCGACAGCAGCAUAGCCGUCAUGUAGCUGGACGGCAGCAGCUCCCUCUGCGGCCGAAUUUCUUCCCGAAGCCUCCCAGACCCUCAGCAUCCGGGUCAACGACCCCAACAACAGAAAUGAGAAUAAGAAAUGAGAAUCUGUAUGCUAGUGUGGAUGAAGAUCCGCCGCUCCGCGCACAACGCCGGCCGAGCGCGAGCGAGGACGACAGCAGCACUCCACGAGCACGCUCACCAGCGACAUACCACUCUGAAUACACUGGGAAGCAAGCGAAUGGUGCUGCUCUGCGCUCAUCACAUGACAGCUCUGAUGGCACGAUUUACGAGCACAAGAACGCUACGCCCAGCAGUAUAUAUGCCGCUCGUGAUCGAUCCCAUACUCUGCGACAUUCGGCAGGCUCUGCGGUCAUGGCAAUAGAGUCAUCUCCUGUGCUGGUAGACAACUCGCCGCCAGCUCAGGCAGUACUAGCCCUUGAUUACAUAGCGUCAACAUGUCGCGCCGCUGAUUGGCAGUGGACAGAUGGAAUUCAGCUUGGGGGCUGCUUGGCCUACGCCCUUGGCAACUACAAAAGAGCAAUGCAGUGGUUCAGGCGGGUUCUGGAGAAUGACCCGAGACACUUGGAAGCCUCAUCCAAUUUAGCUGCGACACUCCUGGCACUGGGACGACGAAGUGAAGCAGAGCAAAACUGGCAACAUGUAAUCAGAGCCGCACCUAAUCACUUUGAAGCCGUGGAGCAUCUCGUUGGCCUCUUGUGUACUGAACAGAGGGGCAAAGACGCGAUCAAGGUCAUUGAAUAUGUGGAGCGAUCACUUCGACUUCGGCAGUCCUCAGCAUCAGAGGACAUUUCACGGCCCACAGAUCGCCAGAGCGAACGAUCUUCGUCUACGAUCAGCCGGUCACCAGCGCCUUCAGAGCAGUCUGACCCCAUGUCCUAUGAAUUUGACGUCGAGGAUGAUGCGUUCACAUUGGAUGGACAAUCCACCGCCGAGCCUGGCUUCGGCUCCAGCGGAUUUGCAAUACCAGGGAGUGACAACGGCCGCAUUCUCUCUCUCAUUCACGCCAAGGGAAACAUGCUUUAUGGCCUUGGAGAUAACGCAGGUGCGGCCAAGGCGUUCGAAGAUGCUGUGCUGAUUGCCACCGGCCGGAAAUUUCAUGACAUUCAAGGUCUGGUGACGCACAUACUUGCAGUGGUCUCAACCAAUGUGCAGCAUCGUCGUGCGUAUGGUGCCGUGAGACCUCCUGCACAUGAGCCUGUCCUCCUCUCUCCGGACCAGGCUCUCGCCACGGCAAAGCUCUGUUUUCCCAAUGCCACAGAGCUGCCUGGGUUGCAAUUUGUACCUCGCGGUUUCGCAAGAAAGGCGAUCAUUUCCACCACCAGCAAUUCGCUGCUUUCUCUCGCCAAGAUCUUCCAAGAUGGCAUGUCUAAUGCCGGCCGCUCAGUAGGAGUGACUCCUUUAACUCAUGGCGUACGAGACAUACUCGCGCUCUACUAUCUGUCGCUGUCACUACAGCCCAGCCCAUCCACUGCCAACAAUGUAGGCAUCCUCUUAGCGAGCGUGCAACAGGCUACUCCAGCAGUAGCAGUGCCGACACAUCAUCGACCCGAGGUGCCCGGAGUGAUUCCCGGAAGCGGCGUUGCUCUUGCGCUACAGUACUACAACUAUGGCUUGCAACUCGAUCGACACCAUGCUCAUCUGUACACCAAUCUUGGCAGCUUACUCAAGGACAUUGGCCAGCUCGAUGCAGCGAUCCAGAUGUAUGAGCACGCUGUGCAAUGCGAUGGCAAAUUUGACAUUGCCCUGGCCAACCUUGCCAACGCAGUUAAGGACAAGGGCAGGAUUAGUGAUGCCAUCAAUUACUACAAAAGAGCCGUGGAAGUCAAUCCUGAAUUCGCCGAGGCCGUGUGUGGGCUUGCAAAUGCUCUCAACUCGGUGUGUGGAUGGCAGGCACGUGGUGGUAUCGCUGAGGAUGGCGGCAAACGUGAUCGAUGGCAUGUCGAUGGCAAGGGCAUGCUGCUGGAUGCACGACAAUCUGGAGCGUCUAGCUCGGGCUGGCUCAAGCGUGUUUUGGAUAUUGUCGAGAAGCAACUCGCCGACGGGGAGCACUGGGGCACGGGCACGUUGAACGCAACGCUCAUCGACAUCAUCGUACAGCAACUCGGUCUGCUGGGGGAUGCGCCGCAAGAUGGGAGGGACAAAGCCGCUCGCGUGCGGAAGACGCUGAUGAGUUGGGCCGGGAAGAAGUGGGAGGGCGCACGACUCACACGUCUCAUUGAGCGCGGCACUAGACGGCUCGUCUGGCAGUACUACCAAGACCUCUACGUGACGAAGACCAGACGAGAUCCGGCAAGCUACAAUCGGCCACAGCUCCCUGCGGCUCUCUUCGUGCCUACCGCACCCACCGUGUUACCGUUCCACACAUUCACUUGUCCCAUGUCCGCCAAGCAGAUCCGACUCAUAUCUCAGCGGAAUGGACUUCGUAUUUCGGUAUCGACCCUGCGUGCACCUUGGCUCCCGAAGCAGGUGUUCAUGCCGCCAUCACCGCCUGCUCCGUGCCUUCGGGUUGGCUAUGUCUCUUCGGAUUUCAACAACCACCCCCUAGCACAUCUCAUGCAAUCCGUAUUCGGUCUACACGAUACCGAGCGGGUCGAGGCGUAUUGCUACGCCACGACUGCUAGUGACAACUCCGUCCAUCGCCGACAGAUUGAGAAUGAAGCGCCCGUCUUCCAUGAUGCCAGCACGUGGUCUGCAGAGAGGCUGGUGAAGCAGAUUGCCGGCGACCAGAUUCACAUACUGGUCAACUUGAAUGGAUACACACGUGGAGCGCGCAACGAGGUAUUCGCUGCUCGACCCGCGCCUAUACAGAUGUCAUUCAUGGGAUUUGCGGGAACGAUGGGCGCCGAGUGGUGCGAUUAUCUCCUGGCGGACGAUACUGCCGUGCCUGUGAAUACGCUGCGGCCAUGGCGGAGGAACGUUGACCUGGAAGACAAGCUCGAAGACGAGAACAGCGUGAGUGAGGAUGACGAUUGGGUCUAUGGCGAGAACAUCAUUUACUCUCGUGACACCUUCUUUUGCUGCGACCAUAAACAGAGCGCGCCGGAUGCGCACGACAGGAAGCUGAACUGGCGCGAUGAGCAGACCAGACGCUGGAAAAUGCGCAAGGAACUGUUUCCUCAGUUGUCGGACGAUACGAUUAUAUUUGGAAACUUCAACCAGCUGUACAAGAUCGAACCGACCACAUUUCGCACUUGGCUGCGCAUUCUUGCCCGAGUGCCCAACUCCAUCCUGUGGCUGCUGCGAUUCCCCGACCUGGGAGAAUCACAUCUCCUGGCUACUGCACGAUUGUGGGCAGGCAGAGAGGUGGCGUCGCGAGUCAUCUUCACUGAUGUUGCUCCCAAACAUCUCCACAUCUCGCGAGCCCGAGUAUGCGACCUGGUCCUCGAUACGGCGGAGUGUAAUGCGCAUACCACGGCAGCUGAUGUGCUCUGGAGUGGCACACCUCUGCUGACUCUCCCUCGUUACCAAUACAAGAUGUGCAGUCGCAUGGCGGCAAGCAUCCUGAAAGGUGCAUUGCCGAAGAAUGAAGAGGGCCGACGGGCGGAGACGGAACUUAUUGCAAAGCACGAAGAGGAUUAUGAAGAGAAGGCGGUGGCAUUGGGCACCGGGUUCGCAUAUGUGCCGGGCAGCAAUGGGGAGGGAACGGGCCGAAUGAUGGAGUUGCGCAAAUUGCUGUUUCAUGCGCGGUGGAAGAGUGCGUUGUUUGACACGAAGCGAUGGGUGAGCGACCUCGAGGAUGCGUACGACGAGGUGUGGAGACGGUGGGUGGCAGGUGAGGGAGGAGAUAUUUGGCUCGACCAAGUUGCGAGGGGAAGACAGACCUAGGGCGGGCAGUCUCCGCUCUCCACGACGCAUGUUGUUAUUAUUGUUAUUAUUAACAUCAUUUUCAUUAUAGAAGACAGACAUCUUUUAAUGUGCUGGGAGGAUCCAGCCCAGAUGAGAUGAUAGAUUUUUCCACAAUUGCAGUGCAAUCUCUCUCUCUCU